GUGGGGCUCAGGUUCAUCUCUUCGCCAUUUCUCUCUCCCCGCCCCGUAUCCAGGCACGCUCUCUCUCCUCACCCGGCCAGCCAGGCUCCAUCUUUAGCUUCCCCACUCGUCCUCGUAUCGAGAGGAAAGAAGAGACAGCAGUAAUGGGCGUCGCUGCAGCUACUCGUGUGGUCUGUCUGUCGGCGCUGUGUCUGUGUGUCGGCGUGAGGGGGUUCUACAUCCCUGGAGUGGCGCCCACGGAGUACGAGGAGGGAGACAAGCUGGAGAUUAAGGUCCGUUUGACCGUCUCGUGGGAUGGGUUAGCGGAUGGAGCGGGAGUGAUGAAAUGGGGGGUGGAAAGCAAUAAACAGACAAUGCCUAUCAACAAAUCCCACCAAAACCAAGAAAUCACUUUACAGUUACCACUGGUUGCAUGUUCAAAUAGCUUCAUUUAGGAAUUGUGUAAAUAUUGCUGUGAUCAUUCCCCCCUCCCCUCCCUGCUGGCAGUAAAGAUGACAAGUAUGUAUAAAGACCCAGCUCCCGUACGAGUACUAUUCUCUACCGUUCUGUAAACCAAAGGACGGAGAUGUACAUUACAAGACACUCAACCUUGGUGAAGUGCUCAGAGGUGACAGAAUAGUAAACACCCCAUACCAGGCGACAUUGGUAAUUACUACUACGGACAGGGGCACCCCAUGAAACCUCAUCGCAUACGCAUGACCCACAACCUCCUCCUCAACUAUGGGGCCUCUACAGAAAGAUGGAGAUCUACGUGAGUCUCGGGCACCAACUCUGUGGGGAUACUGACAUGUUCACAGACCACACCCAGCCGUCUACGAGGAGAUGACUCGUUACCAUAGCGACGACUACAUCCGGUUCCUCCGCACCAUUCGACCGGAUAACAUCAACGAAUACACCAAGCAGAUGCAGAGAUUCAAUGUAGGAGAGGAUUGCCCUGUGUUUGACGGGAUGUACGAGUUCUGCCAGCUGUCCAGUGGCGGCUCCAUCGCUGGAGCAGUGAAACUGAACAAACAGGAGACUGACAUUGCAGUCAACUGGUCUAGAGGAUUACAUCAUGCCAAAAGGAGCGAAACCUCUGGUUUCUGCUACGUCAAUGACAUUGUCCUCGCCAUUCUUGAACUCCUGAAGUACCACCAACGAGUCCUGUACAUUGACAUAGACAUUCACCAUGGCGACGGAGUGGAAGAGGCGUUCUACACCACUGACAGGGUCAUGACUGUCUCCUUCCACAAGUACGGAGAAUACUUCCCCGGCACUGGGGACCUCAAGGACGUGGGGGCGGAGAAGGGCAAGUACUAUGCAGUCAACUUCCCACUGAGAGAUGGCGUUGACGACGAGAGCUACGAGAUGAUCUUCAAACCUGUCAUGGCCAAGGUCUGCUAUGAAUGGAGAUUGACACUCUUUCGUUCUCAUGCUAGCUAGUAGCAU